GAUGACGUAGCUGCAGACGCACGUUCUUACCAGCACGUGAGGAUAUCAACAGCCGUCCACCGCCAUAGAUAUAUCUGAUAUCUGUGUUCACCACGCUGUCGUUACGGCAUCAUGGGAAAGAAUAAACAAAAAGGCAAAAAGCAGAAGAACGUCUUUCAAGUUGCAAACAAGCAUUUGAAAAACAAGAACAAAGCGAAACCCGUCACAACAACACUCAAACACAUCAACGCAGUGAAAAAUGAGAAGGUGGAGAACCUCAAUCAAAUCUUCACUGAAGUCCAGAGGGAUGUUAAGAGCGUUUCAAAGUCGGUGGCUCCUGAAGCGAAGAGACAAACACAGGUUGUCAGAGAGCCUCCAAAGGAAUCUGUAAAUGUUGACAAUGCAGCUCAACUCUUUUCUCAACUAUAAUGGGUUUUAAAACUGGGACUUUCAUAAACUCUCCACAGUGACCUGACUAAUCAGCUGUGCCACUGUAGAACCCUCCAUGAUGUAAGGAUAAAAUACGGCUCUAUUCCAACACGUGGACUCAUCACGCCUGCGAAAAGACUGAGGAGGAGUAAAAAUUAUGAACUGUUGAUCUGUGAGAGGAGAGAUGAAUUUCUGUGCUUGUUUGAUUCUGUGUGCAUGAAUGUGCAGUACUGUCCUUUAUGAAGACACAGAUAAACUAUAACUUAAAAAAGAAAUCACUUUAUAUCAAAAUAAGGUAGAGAAACAGUUCUGACAGUACCGAGAGUUACUAAAUAAAAUCCUGAUAAUUCCUGA